AUGCAAUCGGUCAAAGAUUUUUCUAAGCUUAUAUGGGUAAAAUUUGAGAUGAAUCUAAUGAGGGAGUUGAAUUACUUUCUCGGACUUCAAAUCAAGCAGCUCAAAGAAAGGGCAUUUGUGUGUCAAACUAACUAUCAAGAGUUGUUUAAACGCUUCAAAAUGGUAUAUGCAAAGUCAAUUGACACUCCAAUGCCCACAAAUGAAAACUUGGUCAAGGAUGAAAACGGUAAGGAUGUUGAUGUCAAAAGGUAUAGAGCUAUGAUUGGAUCACUCUUAUAUCUUACUGCAUCUAGGCCUGACAUUAUGUUUAGUGUAUGCAUGUGCGCUCGAUAUCAAUCCGCUCCUAAGGAAUCAUAUUUAAAAGUUGUAAAGCGCAUCCUUAGAUACCUUCAUGGUACAUCUAAGGAUGAGCUUUGGUUUUCCAAAGGUAUAGAUUGUAAUUUGGUUGGUUACUCUGAUUCCGAUUUUUUCGGUUGCGAAUCUAAUAGUAAAAGUACUAGUGAAACUUGCCACGUAUUUUCAAACUCCAUAGUUAGUUGGCAUAGCUAG